AUGUGUGAGGUUUUUGAGAGAUCCCCUGAGCACAAAUCUCAAUCGGUGCUUCUCAUGGAGGAGGCUGAAGAAAUACAAGAAUACAAUUGUGUGAAAUUGUUUCUCUCUAUAUGUGAGAAGUGGACGUUCCAGCAGCCAGUGGAGAUUUCCCCUGAGCUGCAAAAAAGACUCAGUGAUUUCUCCCAGAAACCUGUUGCUCUAACAGAGACUCUGAGGAAGUUCAAAGACACUCUGCCAUCUAAACUGGAGACAAGAAGAGGGGAACCCCUAGGAGCACUCGUGAAUGUGACACUGGAUCCAGACACGGCUCAUCCCCAGCUCAUCCUGUCUGAGGAUCGGAAAAGUGUGAGAAUUUUGUGUUCUGAAAGAAGAUGUCUUCUGCCUGAUCAUGAGCAUAUCAUGAAGGACUGGAAGUACCAGAUACAUUAGAAACCACCAAAAAUGAAUGCACUGCAUUUGAGAAGUUCAUUAACAGAUUUGUGCAAAAUCACAAGAAGAAACCAAGAAGGAUGUAGCUAUAGUGCUUCAUAGAAGGCUUAAGUAGCCAACUUUAUUGUGUGAGAUGAUUUUAAAACAUGUAUUAAA